AUGGGUCUCAUCUCAGAGCUGAAGCUCGCUGUUCCCUGGGGCCACAUUGCAGCCAAAGCCUGGUACUCCCAUCAAGCCGCCCCUGUUCUCUGCCUUCACGGGUGGCUGGACAAUGCCAACUCCUUUGACAGACUCAUCCCUCUUCUCCCAAAAGACUUUCAUUAUGUUGCCAUGGACUUCGGGGGUCAUGGGCUUUCAUCCCACUACAGCCCAGGUUUCCCGUAUCACUAUCAAAACUUUGUGAGUGAGGUCUGGAGAGUCGCGGCAGCCCUGAAAUGGAAUCGGUUUUCCCUCCUGGGCCACAGUUUUGGUGGCGCUGUGGGUGGAAUGUUUUCCUGUAUCUUCCCCGAGAUGGUGGAUAAACUCAUCUUGCUGGAGUCCUUACCAUUUUUCCUGGACACGAACGAGAUGGACAACUUGCUGACCUACAAGCGGAGGGCCAUAGAGCACAUGCUGCAGGUGGAGGCCUCCAGGAAGCCCGCGCACGUGGUCAGCCCGGAAGAGAUGCUGCAGAGGUUACUGAAAAAGAACAGCCACGCAGGUGAGGAGUGCGGGAAGCAUCUCCUGCAGAGAGGAACCACACAGGUGGCCACGGGUGUGUGGCCGAACAGAGAUCGGAGGAUCACUUGGGCAGAGCACUGCCUCGAUUUCAUCAGCAGGGAGCUGUUUGUGCACUACAUCAAAAAUCUGCAGGCCCGCGUCCUGCUCGUCAAAGCAACCGAAGGACGUUAUGCCUUGAGAAGAGAGGACGACACCGACAGGGAGACCGUGAUGUUCGUGGUCAGCUCACUUAAGUCUGUCCUGAAAGAGAGGUUCCAGUACUUUGAAGUCCCAGGCAAUCACUACGUCCACAUGAACCAACCCCAGCAGGUGGCUUGUGUCAUCAGCUCCUUUUUACAGAACAAGGAUGGGACCCCAGCCUCCCUGUAGCCCUGGGCCUGGGG